AUGGACAACUUUCGAGAGGACCCAUACGCUGUUCUUGGCAUCCGCCGACAUGCAAGGCCGGGAGAUAUCAGAGAACACGACCGAGACUGGCUUCCGGAGAUCAGACAACGCUACCGAGACUUGCUCCAGGAGAUCCCUCCUGAUGAAGCUUCCGACCCAGCUAUUGAAAAAGACAUUGAGGAGCGCAACAAAAGGGUUCACAAGCACCUCAGUGAAAGCACAGGAGAUGAACUGCCUCAAGAUGAACCGCGGGAAAGACAACAAGACCCGAUGCGACCGCUGAUAUUCAUCGGGCAUUGCUUCGGGGGACUGGUCAUACAACGGGCACUGAUCACAGCAAGACUUUGUCCCGAAUCGGAAACUGAGGAGGCUAUUCUGAAUUCUACAGUUGGGGCCGUCUUCCUGGGCACGCCGCACAGGGGAACCGGGGCUUUUGGCUCCCAGAGCGCCUUGCUUGCAGCUAUUGCGGCACAGUCUGACCUUUAUGUAUCCAUGGAAUCCGAUGUACUGGACGCCAUGGAAGCUGAAAGAGGCGAAUUACUGGAUGUAUCCGAGGACUUUCUCAAACUGUCUGUCAGGGCGGAUUUGCGUAUAACUUGUUUCUUCGAACAAAUGGAGUCCAACCUUGGCAAGAUGAUUGAACGAGAUGAUAUAAAGCAAUUCGUUGUGGACGAAACAUAUGCAAGAUUAGGAGCCAACCGGGCAAUCGGCCUUCCAACUGACCACUUCAAGCUCAACAAAUUUGCCGCCCCCGAAGAUGGAAACUAUCUCGAUGUGGCGGGCGAGGUUUCUCGGCUUUACACGGAAGCCCUGGAGCUGGCAAUCGAGAGACGCUCUCGAAGAACCGACUCGGUAGGGGCUCUAGAGCAAUAUCAGCGGCUCGUAGCGAAACAGGAGCUGAAGCUCGAGGAGGCAGCAAAAGAGGCAGCUCUCAAGGAAGAGGACUUCGAAAGGAGAUUCCAGGAGAUAUUGGAACAGAACGUGCUGCUGCCGAAGGAUGAUGUGAUGACUGGAAGGCAGCAAGCUGAGCGCUUGAAGAGAAACAUGAGGAGAUACGGUCUGGACAAGCGUACUGUCCACAGAGUUUUGCAGGACAAUCCAAUUCCAAGCAUGGAGGAUUUCUCACACGAUUGCAUGCAGGAGAGGGACGAGUGGUACCAAAACUCGCUGAAAGAAGCACUCUCUGAAGCCGGGUUAGACGAAGGCAAAGUUGAUGCAAUAAUCCACGAUACUGGCGAAACGAUGGUCAUUGAGGGUAUGCGAACGAGCGUCACGAGAAUGUCAGAGAGGUGGCUAGAUGAGCGCACGCUUCAGGAAUACGACAUCCCUUUCAUGCGCGAUCCGGAACAAUCAUCAAUCCUCGUUAUCAAGCAAUGGGCUCCUCUUCACGAGAAGGAGAUUCUCUGGGACCAUACCCAGGACCUAAGGGCUAGAUGGGAGCCGGAAGACACAACAUCUUGGUACGUGCCUGGUUCGCCAGAGGAGCUUUGGAGAAAUCGAAGCGCAGAGUCGAUUUUGUCGCCCCCUAGUAGCCAGGUUAUAGCUCAGAGAAGGAACAGCUCUAGGACCCUACAUGAGCAAAUUCGCAGUCGUCAGAGCAGCAUCGAUUCCGUUGCUCGGAUACCUGUGCUGGACCAAGAUGAGGAUGACAUGGAUGUUAAUGCACUAGAAGAGGAGGAAACAAACACUAUGAGACAGGAAGGUGGAGGAAAGGCAUUGAUUGCGAGGAAGGAUAGGAAGACGAGGGAAAAAAAGGACAUCAAAUAA